AUCGUAAGAGCCCACGGGUCUUUGGUCGAUUUGCUUAUGUCUUACCGGGUACCGGGCACAUGCCAAAAACCUGACUGGUGAUAAAUGAGCUUAAUUACGUAAAUUAUAAAUUCAGUGCAUUAAUAAUUUACUCACAGACCUCUCAUAAUAUGCAAUCGCAUGUGCAGUUUACAGCGGCAGGCAGUGUAAGGACACCGAACUAGGGUUUUACAGAGGACGUUGCAGGUAACUCAUUGCAGCGAAAACUACAGGCACCCACUGUUCUGUCAAUAAUCUCCAUUGUUUCUUUGCAGUUGUGAACUAUCUCUUGGACGAGUUUAAAGCAGCAAGUGACCAGCAAGUUUCCCAAUACCUUAUUCGUGUUAUUGAGGUGCCGAAAUAUCUCAACAACGUCGUAACAACUGACCAAUGGACUGCUAUGGUCGAACGCCACAGUGACAACGCCUACCGCAUGGAUGACCAGUUGGUCCUCGAGCCGCUGGGGGGCAGGCUCACAGUAUUCCUCCUCACCGAGCUGGAGAGCGUCGACGUGGUGCGCCUGAUUUCGUGGAGCGCGCUGCGCCAGCUCGUCCCCUACGCUGACGGCACGGCUCACGGGACAACGCUUGAUAAAAUACGCAGCUUGUGUUACGACGACGUCACCGACGUGCUUGAGGCGGGGCUCACGUCCAAGUACAUCUACAAGGUGGUGACACCUGACGUGCUUCGAGAGGCGACGUACAUGGGUUUCCGUGAGCGCCAAAUUAUAAAGGAAACCGUCGCCGGUUCGAGCUGGUUGCCGCCUGACGCCAAGGAUGUUGCCCGGAGGAAGGUGGAAGCGCUAAGACUGAUCAUCGCGUUCCCACUCAACUUGACACGCCUCGCAGCGCUGGAGCGCCUUUACGCCGAUCUGCCGGACGUGGCCCUAACAGACACCUUCGGAGGCAACCAGGACGCUCGCGGCACCGGUAGGAGCUUCGUCCUGUCGUGGUUGAAUGGGAGCCGGUUCCAGCGGCGCGUUCAAAUCCGGAACCCGACUGAGAUCUUCUUCCCAUUGGCCGCGGUGAACGCACAGCACACCUACGCCACCGACACCGUCAACCUGGCGGGCGCCUUACUGGAGCCAGUGAUCUACUACCACGGUGCACCGGCCGGGUACAACUACGGAGGCUUUGGCCAGUUAAUGGGCCAUGAAAUGAUGCACGGCUUCGACGUGACCGGAAGAGGGACCGAUGAGAAGGGCCUGUCAAAGAACUGGUGGCCCGAGGAGGCGACGAAAAAAUACACAGAACAGACGUUGUGCCUGCGCUCUAUCCAUCGACAGGCGCUCAAGAAACGCGCGAUGGCGCUGGAUCCGAAGAUGGACUCGGAAGACCUGGCCGACGUCAUGGGCACGCGUGUGGCCUUCGACGCCUUUCGGAAACUCACCACGGCGCCCCGCUCUUCCUCGAGCACGGCUCAGGAGGAAGGCGCCAGCGGGAGAGUGGCGGGCUUCACGGAACUCCAACUCUUCUUUCUCGGCCACUGCGCCAAGAUGUGCGACCCUAAGGUGCCGCCUCGCGAGCGGGACAAAAGCGAGACGUACGCUCCGAACUGGUCCCGGUGCGUGGUGCCUCUGAUGAACAUGCCGGAGUUCGGUGACGCCUUCCAGUGCAAGAGUGGCAGUUUUAUGAACCCCGAGCACAGGUGCAAGUUCUGGUAGCAAGCCCUCGCUGGCGAACUGCGAUGCGCUCCCCUCUAUCACCGUCUCCAUAAAGUUACUUCCUUGUGUCAUCACGUGCGCUGUAAUCUUGAGUUUCGUUCUGCAGCGCUCAAGUGCUUUAAUUUAUAAGGCACACACGUGAAGUUGACAUCUGCCGACUGGACAGUGUGAUUGGUUGAUGCCCGCACACGUUAUAGAUUGCAGCCAAAAUUUUCUACAGUCAUGCUUUAUUGUAUUUUUAUGGAAAACCAUAUAGCAGCAUCAGAAAUAAACGUAUACGUCAAACGA